AUGGGAGAUAUUAUGCGGGGUCCGGAAGAGAAGACCUUGGUUGUCGGUCAAGUCGGACUUGGGAGCUGUGACGAGCCUGAUAAAUUCUCGCUUCCCGGACUUCCCAAACUGAACGAGUUUCUGUUGUUUCCUCCUCUUCAACAGGUGUCCACAUUCACAGCUAUCGAUGACCACAUGUCCGCUACCUUAUGUGGAAGGGAAAAGAUCCAAAAUGCACGUAUUUCAUUUGAUUUUGUAGAAUCUUCUCUCGGCACUUAUCGCUUUACCUACGCAAACGCUUUUCUACCAAAAACUCUUGCGAUGUCUGAACAAAACAUACCAGUGUAUGAGCAGGAAACACCUAUACUGCAAGUCGAAGAUGGGGAUGACGAUUCGUUCGAACGAAUGACGCAAGUACGAUCUGGUGAAUUCCCCGUGUAUUCCAGAAAAGUGUUCGUCGGUGGCCUUCCUUACGACAUUGAUGGAGAUGUAAUCUCUAUAUUUUUCGAGCAAUUUGGAGCGAACAUUGUCGAUUGGCCACAUCGUGAGUGCUGUAACAUCACGGCUCCACCAAAUGGAUAUGCAUUCGUCAUAUUCGACCAUGAGCAUGCAGUACGUCGACUUGUUAAUGCGAGCGAGAUGAAGCAAGGCAAACUGCUUAUCACUUUGAAGAACGGUGAGACGGAGAUCAAAACGGUGCAAGUGAGACCUUGGAAUUUGAACCUUUUGAGAUGUACUCUGAUGGUUGCUUCACCACUUAUUAAUCGGUACUCUAUUUUUGUUGGUGGUAUCCCGCGCACAGUGACUGCGAUGGAAUUGGCGCAGCUCUUCCAACAGGUGGUUAACAGUGUAGUUGAAGUGACUCUGGAAGUGGAACGUGAUACCAAGUAUCCAAGAGGAUCAGCACGAGUGGUUUUCGGGACUCGUGAAGCGUUCCUUGUAGCCAUCGCAAUGCGCCGUUUCACAUUAUUCACACUUAAAGAGCGAAGAACUUUGGAAAUGAGACCAUAUGUGCUCGACAAUAUGUUGUGUGAUAUAUGCUAUGAAGCUGUUGGUGUUUAUUUGUGCGCUGAGUUCCCAUGUUUGCUAUACUAUUGUGUUGAAUGUUGGACCGUAAUCCAUCAAGAACAUGGUAUGGACGCUCAUAUACCGGUAUCGAGAAGAAAUCUUGAUCUUUUGAAGGGCAGACGACAAAAUCAGGCUGUUCGUCGCUAUGGUAAUUUCAUGCCGCGUGGAUAUUACUAUUUCCAAAAUUCGCCAUCGGAACCGGAUGAUCAGCCAUUUUUUGGCGGAUAUUACGCGGAAUCUCGACGUCAUUGA